AUGAAAAACACAAUACUCUUGGAUUUUUUUGAACUUAGUUUUAAAGAAAUGGAUUCAUAUAUUAGUGCUUUACAAAAAGUUAAUAAAAUUCCUUUAUUAACUAAUUAUUUGACUAAUUAUGUUAUUCCAAUUGUGGCCAAUUGGCCUAAGCAGAAAAAGUUUACAUAUGCAGAUAAAAAUAAUUUAGCUUUAUUAACAAAAAAAGCACAAAUGUUUUUUCUGGAAAUCUUUGAUAAUGUUUACCAAAAAUUAAGUCAAAGUUCUAUUAUUGAAGGUCAAAGAAAAAAAAUUACUUACAAACUAGCAUCAUUGAAUCUUGUUAUAAACAAAAAGCAAAUGCCAUUAGGGUUUAGCAAUAAAUUGAAGCCAAAUCUUGAAGAGAUUGAUAAAAUUGAUGAAGAUAGUUUACAAGAUCAGAGGAUAGAAAAUGAUAAUAAUAUAUUGAAA